AGUCACAGCAGCCACCCCCGCCCAGCAGUAGCCAUGCAGCUCCUCGUGCUCGCCGCCCUGGUGGCCGUCGCCACCGCCGGAGCGCCCCUCGCCCACGGCAAAGUCGGCAUCGUCGCGCAGGACUACUACGAGCCGCGGCCGUACCACUUCCAGUACGCCGUCGACGACCCCGACUACGGCCCCAUGAUGGCGCAGGCCGAGGAGUCCAACGGAAACGGACUCACCGAGGGCUACUACACUGUCAACCUGCCCGACGGCCGCACCCAGAACGUCAAGUACAUCGUGGACGGGUACAGCGGCUUCAACGCCGAGGUCAGCUACGCCGGCCUGGCGGCCCACCCGCAGGUGCCCAAGGGUAUCGCUCAGCCCGUGUACGGAGGUCACGCCCUGAGGCCCAUCGUUGGCAAGGCCCUGGUCGCCAAGCCCAUCAUCGGCAAGGGCAUUGUCGGCAGGCCCUUCCUCGGACACUAAUCGUAACUCCAGACGGUGCUCUUUCCCAAAUCUCAGGAUCAGGUGUAACUGGAAAGCCGUGCUGAACGUCUGAAACAGUAUUUAGAAUGUGGGUGAGUGAUGUGUUAUUGACCCUCGUCUGUCACGUGUUAUGACUGUUGUUAUUGCGUGUUGUGUUUGCGUUUAGUGUGUGAGUGUAAUAAAUGUCUAACUACGAAACAAC